AGAUAUGAAAAUAUAAAGUGAUUACAGAUACACCGUGCGGAAGCUAGAAACUAAUGGUUCGGUUGUCACAUAGCGUAAUACAAUUUGCAGACUAUUGGUUUAUCGCAUUUAAUAAUAUUUUAUGAAAGUUGUGAUUGCACUCAGUUAUAGAUAUAAUUCGCGUCAUAGGCUACGUUAAACAUAAAUUAUCUGCAGUUGUGCUAGUUGGUUGGCUCUGUGUGCCACUUCAUGCUAAUUUCGUAUUACUUCCCUUUGUGCCGGUACCAAUUAAUUGUGGUUAAAGAGUUGUCUAGAUUCCAAAAGUGCGCUACUCUUUUUGGGAUUUUAAUUGCAUACUAUUAGACGUUCUUGGGCCAUCAAACCGACUUUUCGAUGUGUUAAUAUUUUAUCAUCAUAUUUGAGUUCAUUUACAUGUUUAUUGAACCCAUAACAACGUACAUUGUGUGUAUCAAUCGAAAUUCGUAUCAGAAUUGUUGAGAAUUCCAGGAAGGAGAAGACAUGAAAUAAAGGAAUCUCGGGCUAGCAGUUUGCGACAAUAUGGAUAACUCCAAAUGGGGUGCUCAAAGGGGCUGGAACAGGAUAUCAGUGAAGAGAGAAAUUUCUGGAGAAUCAUCUGACAACGAACAUGAGAUGCAGGAGGCUUGGGAACCCUUGGUUAAGCAGGUGAAGCAGGAGCAGUCACCUAUGGACACAGAAAUUGGCAAUGUACAUGAAGGACAGUUUGCGCCAAACACAGCAGUGAAGUAUGAGGCAGAGGAGUCGGGCCGGGACUCGGACAGUGGGAUUGUCGAGGAGUGCCCGUCUGAGGGUACAUCAGAAGAAGUAAGAGAAGACGAUGACUCACAACUGGAAGAAAUACAAAGCAUGGGUACUGCGGGUACUUGUAGUACUUCUAGUACACAUUUGGAGCAACCCCAAAUUCCACCACUGAAGAAAGCAAAAAUUAUUCUUAUUAAUUCAUCUGCCAAUGCUGCACUUGAAGUUUUAAAGAGGACCUCCGCUGAAGAUCAAUUGACUUCAUUUUCAAAAUAUAUUGAGUGUGGACUACAGGAAUUUCAUAAUAAAAAAGUGUUACCAUUCUGCAGAAGAAAAUCCAGGACUUAAUUUUUGAGACAAAACUCGAAAAACUAGAAUAAUUUGAACAGAGUGAAAUUAUGGAAAUAAAGUUAAUGCCAAUAGACAUUCACUAGGGGCAGCAAACGGAAACAGAAAACGUUUUUAUUUUAAGAGAAAACAGUUAAAUGUCUACAUCUGUGUGAUAACUUCAGUGGUAUUUUGUUGUAAGCAAUCAAUAAAAAUAAG